UCAAAAUUAAACAAAAGGAAAACACCAACGGCACAAGAGCAGCUGUGUAGAUUUUAUUCUAAAAAUUUCUCUGGCGCAAGGCAGAGGAUAAAAUUGAUUGUAAAAUGGAAGUGGAUACUGGAGAAGAAGAAUUGAUGUAUGCAACCGAAGUUAGACGUCGGUUAUUGGAUUUAUUCAAGAAUAUGGUCAACAAAAUAACGUCAGCGAAUUUCGAUGAAAUCUUCAAAAAAUUUGAGGAAAACGAUGCCGUCGUUACGAACGUUGAUCAAAAUGUCGAUACAUUCAAAGCGAAUUUGUAUCGAAAUAUCAGCGAAAACUUCAAGGAUAUGUGGCAUUUGCAAGAGAUCGACCUUCAACUGAAUGCACUGAAGUUCUGCAAAGAGAAGUGCAAAAAUAACACCACGUCGUGGCGACCGACCGGACAAACACCGGAAGCUCAAACAAAGUAUCUACGGAUUCAUUACUUGAGAAAGAAAAUAGCGUUCGUUGAUAAUGCGAUAGCUGCACAGCAUAAAAGUUUUGAAAAUUUAAGCAGCGAAGUCUUAACAAAACGAAGUCGUAUAGGUGCACUCAUCCAGAGGCGUACUAUUCUUGAAGGAGAAAUGAACAUGAGGAUGGAAAUGAUCGAUAAAAAUACUGCCCUCGAAUCUAGUAAUCAAAAAGAUCAUAGUUGAUAAAUGCAGAUGCGAUUGUCUCGGAAAUUAUGAUUUAAAUAAAAUCUUGUGAUAAAACUGCUGCUCAA